UACUUUUUAUUUUAGGUAUGGAUGGAACUAGCAGCCGUUAAAAUAUAGUACAGUUGUACAGCACAGUAGGCAGUAGUUGACAGCAUGUUAUUCAUUUUACCAUUCAGGUGAUUAACGAACUCGAACCAAGAUGGCUGAAAGCAGUGUUGUUCCACUUCUUGAGAUACAAGACAAGUUCGUCACGUGUGAGAUUUGCUUUGAUUAUUUCGACGAUCAGGACAAAUCUCCACGUAUCUUACCGUGCUUGCACAACUUCUGCUGCCAAUGUCUGGAGUCGAUUUGGAAGAAGUCACCGACUGGAGUACGAUGUCCCAACUGUCGGAAGGUUUGGCGUGUUCAAAACAACAUAGCAGAAACAUUUCCAUAAAACAAGGUACUGAGGAAUUUAGUUGAAUAUCUUACAAUGAAAAACAAGGUGGAUGAAAUCAUGUGCCAUGAAUGUCCUGACAGUUCAAGGGCAACAAUGCGUUGUUUGGAAUGUCGGGAAUUCAUGUGCGAUGGAUGCGCAACGUAUCAUAAAAAAUUUGCAAUGUCAAAAGACCACAAGAUCAUCCUAAUUUUAGAUUUGGUUAAUAUGCCUCAUGAUGAUUUUUUUCACCAGACAGAUACGUGCAAAAAGCACAACAACAUGAUUUUAGAUCUAUACUGCAAGAAUUGUGCAACUGAUAUCUGUUCAUCAUGUGUUCAUGUCUCUCAUAGAGACCAUGAGAUAUUGGAUCUCAAAGAUGUAUAUGAAGCAAAGAUGGACCACAUAAAAAGAACACUUAGAAAUUUACAAAGAUCAUCAAAAAGAGCACAAAAGUAUACAACAAGACUUUCUGGACAAAAUGCGACUCUAGAUUCGAUGAAAGAAAAUAUUCUAAAACAUAUUGAUGAUUCCUAUGAAGAAAUUAUUCACAAGUUGUCUGACAAAAGAAAACAGAUGAAAGAAGAUGUCAUUUCAAACAUAGAGAAACAAAAAGCUGACAGAAACGAGCAGAUGAAGUUGGUUGGACAGUCAGAAGUCCUCAAGGCGGACCAUGUUCUGCACUGUAAGCAAGCCGUGCAAUUCGCACGAGCUGCUGACUUUAUAGAAAUGGCUCCAACUCUUGAAGACAAUCUUCUCUCUGUGAUGGAAGGUCAGGAACUGGUUGAUAUUCCUAUACAAGAGGUUACAAUUGAUGACACGUUCAAGUAGAUAGAGAAAAUUACUGAGAAAACUGGUGUAAUAUGGAAUGGAAUUAUUUUGAACAAAAACAACUCAGACGAGGAUAUGAUGAAAAGAAUUCUCUUCCCUGUUGAUGGACAGUCAGAACAGUACAGAACACUUCUCUUGCCAAAUAUAGAGUAUGACUCACAGAAGAUAAACCGGAAGUGGUGUAGUAUUAACGAAUCUGGAAUUCUGGUCAACAAACCUUCAGAUGUAAAACAUACUGACCAGACUUCCGGUCUUCAGUGUUUCCUUGGAGUCACAGCCAGGACGCAUGUCCCGAUGUCUGGAUGUGCGUUCUGGGAGACGGAAGUCACCUGCAUGGUGCGUAAAUCGGCCGAAUUACAUAAACUGAUAGCAGAAGUUGGUGUUUGUCUGGACGGGCACUGUGACGAUACAACAGGGAUUGUUAAUAACAAACAAGCGUGGUGUGUUAUGGUGGUCAGCUGUAAAACUCACAACAGUAUAUGUUUAUGUGCUUAUUCCCGUGGAAAGCAGCUGUGCUGUAUUCCUGUGGCAGAUUUCAAAACUAACUCACGACUCAAGGUCAGACUUGGGCUGUUGGUAGACUUCGACAACGCCACUCUCCACAUUAUCCGCGUUUACGACAACACAGUUGUACACUCCAUCCCAAACAUCGACGUGUCGCGACCGCUGAUGCCGAUGUUUGAUGUUAGCUGGCGUGAAUAUUUCGAUAUUAAAUUGAGAAUAUCAUCUGGCACGGAUCUCUCAGUGAACCGUGAACUGUUGGUCCUACUUUCUAGUUUAGUGAAAUAAAUCAUAAUGGGAGAGCCGUGAGACCUGAGUCAAUACAAUGCGGAACCCGGUGUCGACUCCAACCCAGAGCGAGUUUAAACGACCCAAUGGGGAGGUGUGACUUACCGCUCACUAACCAGUAACAACUAACCACCCACCCCUGACCCAGACAGACAUCCUAGAUAGCUGAGGUGUAGACCCAGAGCGAGUGUAAUUGAGCCAAUGGGGAGGAAUGACUUCCCGCUCACUAACCAGUAACAACUAACCACUAACCCCUGACCCAGACACACAUCCAAGAUAUUGGGUAUAAGGAUGAAAACCAAGUUAAAAUGAAGUUGACUAGCGCUGUAAUGUCACUAUAGCGAAUAGGUAAUCUUUUCUGAAUCUGACAGAAGAAAAUGGAGAAUAACACACGCGUAUUGGAGAAAAUGUAUCUUACGAAACUUAUCCAAGAAGCAAACGAUACUUUUGGAAGCCACAAGUUGUAAGAUAAAUUGUCUCCAACGGGCACAAGUGUAUUAUUCUAUUUCUUACAUUCCUUUAGAAAGUCUUUCUUAAAAUAGUUUAACGGGAGAACACUAAUUUGAAAGCCUCAACGGGGCGGAUGUUUAACAAGAGAUUAUAACAACACUAAUUGAAAAGGGAGACUACUACCAAAACCCUCAUCCAUAAUGAAGUUAACUGUGUUACUGACAUUGAAUCCCACAUUAAUGACAUUGAAUUCCACAUAAAUGACAUUGAAUUCCACAUUAAUGAUAUUGUAUUCCACAUUGAAUUCCACAUUAAUGACAUUGAAUUCCACAUUGAAUUCCACAUUAAUGACAUUGUAUUCCACAUUGAAUUCCACAUUAAUGACAUUGUAUUCCACAUUAAUGACAUUGAAUUCCACAUUAAUGACAUUGAGUCUCACAUUAAUGACAUUGAAUUCCACAUUAAUGACAUUGUAUUCCACAUUGAAUUCCACAUUAAUAAUAUUGAAUACCACAUUAAUGACAUUGAAUUCCACAUUACAUGUUUUUACUUUAUAUAGACAUUAUGACGUUGAAGAUGACUGACAUUUGGUAUAAAAUACCAAGUGACCCCUUUUUUCUUUGUCUCAGUAUAUGUAUAUUAUUUAUAUAUAAUAUGUAUGCUAUUUUCAUAGUGAAAUAUUUCUUGUACCAAUUUUGAAUAGGUCUUUAGAGAUAAAUAUGCAGAAAAACCACAGACAUAGAGCAUUGUGAUUUUCAUAAAUGUUGAUAUGAUGUACAACACGACUAAUAGGUACUGUUUGUUCCAAUUUAAUGAUACAAGGGGCCUAAUUCACUAACUUCUCGCAACUUUGCGAUCUCGCAGUGCAGUGCUACAAGACUUGCAAAGAGGAUGCUUUGUUGUCUAGUAGAGGCUAAGGGACCUUUGUGAAUCGGGCCCCAGAACAAAAAAGUAGAGAGAGAGAGAGAGAGAGAGAGAGAGAGAGAGAGAGAGAGAGAGAGAGAGAGAGAGAGAGAGAGAGAGAGAGAGAGACUGUUAAACAUAUUUAUGUUUUCACAUUUAAAAUAAAAUUUAAAAAAUGUGUUCAGUUACUGUUUGUUCUGUUGCCAUAUAUUCCACUUAACUUCAGAUCUCGCUCUUUAAGGGGAGCUGUAACUCGGUUCCCCAUCACUCCCCUGAGACUUUGCCAAAGAUAAUAAUUGUUAGCUCCCUUGAGCAGGUGAUAGAGAAAUAAUACUACAAAAUAAUUAAAUACCAGUGCUCUAUAUGUUAAUACCUUAAUUGGUCACCCAUAAUCUAAUUUAGGGAGCAACUAAUCACUCCCCUCAAUAAUCUAGGGGAACAACUAAUCACUCCCCUCAAUAAUCUAAAUUAGGGGAGCAACUAAUCACUCCCAUCAAUAUUAUCAGGGGAGGAACUAAUCACUCCCAUGAAUAAUAUCAGGGGAGCAACUAAUCACUCCCAUCAAUAAUCUAAAUUAGGGGAGCAACUAAUCACACCCAUCAAUAAUCUAAGUUAGGCGAGGAACUGACCACUCCCAUCAUUAAUCUACCAUCAAUAUUUUUUUCUGCUCGUCUGAACUUAUUAAAAUGUAUAUACAAUAUAUAUCACAAUCAAUUCGUUCUGUUCAGCUACGUCUUAUAAAUGUUAAAUAUUGCAUCUUGCGUAAUAUAAAAGCACGAAAAUUAAAAGAUGUGUGUGUGGUGGGUUUUUUCAAUGUUUACCUUUGCAAAAGAUUAUUAUUUUGGUUGGAGUUUGGUUGUUGUUGUUGUACUAGUUUUAACAUUAGAAUACAGUGAACACGUCAUUUCCUAUUACAGAGUACGAUUCAAGUUUCUCCGCUGUAAUAUAUUUUGUGCGUGGUUGCAAGAUAUCUUAGUACUAACGGAAAACAAUGUGGCGGGUUUCCUCUCUAAAACUAUAUGUCAAAUUACCAAAUGGUUGACAUCCAAUAGCCGAUGAUUAACAAAUCAAUGUGUUCUAAUGGUGUAAACACACUAACUGUCCACCUUUGUAUGGGGAGAGAUCUAACAGUCAGUGCGCCCACUUGAUGUGUUCUAAUGGUGCAAACACACUAACUUUCCACCUUUGUAAGGGAAGAGAUCUAGCAGUCAGUGCGCCCACUUGAUGUGCUCUAAUGGUGCAAACACACUAACUUUCCACCUUUGUAUGUGGAGAGAUCUAACAGUCAGCGCGCUCACUUGAUGUGUUCUAAUGGUGCAAACACACUAAUUUUCCACCUUUAUAUGGGGAGAGAUCUAACAGUCAGCGCGCUCACUUGAUGUGCUCUAAUGGUGCAAACACACUAACUUUCCACCUUUAUAUGGGGAGAGAUCUAACAGUCCGAGCGCUCACUUGAUGUGUUCUAAAGGUGCAAACACACUAAUUUUCCACCUUUGUAUGGGGAGAGAUCUAACAGUCAGAGCGCUCACUUGAUGUGUUCUAAUGGUGCAAACACACUAACUUUCCACCUUUGUAUGGGGAGAGAUCUAACAGUCAGCGCGCUCACUUGAUGUGCUUGGGUUGAAGGAUGGAAUCCCCAUGGUGGACCCCUUCUCAGAUUGUGGUUUUCACUUUCCAACAAGAGCAGAACACCUGCUAUAUCAAAGACCAAAGUAUGUGCUGUCCAGUCUCUGGGAAAGUGUAUAUAGAUAAUUCCUCGCUAUUAACGGAAUAAAAAUGUAGCGGGUUUCCUCUGAAGUCUGCAUAUAAGAAUGACCAAAUAGCUGAUGAUUAAUUAAUGAAUGUGAUCUGGUGGUGUCUAUAAACCAAACCUUAUAAUAGCAUAAUAGGAUGUCAUUACAAUAUACUAAUAGGCAUAUAACAUAAAUAUGAAAAUUUGCUAAUAUAUAAAAUAAUCUUAUGAACAUAUCAAAUAGUUAUAACUGUGUCUAUGGACAUGUAACAUAAUAUAUGAUGUACUAAUUAUUACUAGUAUGGGCAGAUAGUAAAACAUACUGAUAAAUAUGAAGAUUUGAUAAAAGAUAAUGACGGAUAUAUUACACACUGUUUAGAAAGACCAUUUAGAAAAUAGAAUAAUGAAAAUGUGUGAGACUGAAGGGGAAUCAUGUUUUAAAUCUAUAAUUGUAUUCCAUAUUAAUCUGUCCGUGUUUUAUGUUAACCUGUCGUCGGACACCAUGAUACUCUUAACUUAGAUAUCUCUAUUUUAACUGUUAUGUAUCCCUGUAUGUGUGUUCUUUAUAUAAUAGGUACGUUCUUCUUUUUUUUUUAUUACUGACAGUCUCUCAUAAUUCCUGUAAGGAAUGGCUUAUGUACUUAUAUAUUGUAUUUUGUAUUAUAUUUUAUUAUUGUGUGAGUUAAAUAAAAUAUUUUUCA